AUGUUAGAAAGUUUGAUAGCAACACCACAACGGAUGACAUUUCCCGCUUCUUCACCUCGGAUCUAUGGGUCGUGCACAUUAUAUGCAGAAGCAGGCACUACAGUGGGUGCUACAGUGGGCGACCUUACAUUCGAAUGCCCUCUCUUUAUAGAUAGUGAGCGGCAGCUGUUCAGUGCCACGUUGUCUCUCAGCCCUUCGUCGGAGCAUUCUCAGAAACCAGUGGUGGUCAAGUUGGUCGACAGAUCCUAUGGCGCACAUGUACAUCAUCUGUUGGCUUGCCACGGUUUUGCUCCUAUCCUCUACGGAUAUGCACGCCGUGAGGGUGCUCCUACCGCCUACGUCAUGGAGCGCCUUGGAUCGGAUUGGGUGAUGCUGUUCCAAUUCUUGAAAGUGGAACCACCUGGCACAGGGUUUGCAGCUCCCAUCUCGACCUCGCUGCAACAACUGCUAGAGCUACUGGACAAGGAGCAUGUUGUGCACGGUGAUCUCAGAACCAACAACAUCAUGUUGCAGAUUGACGACGAAGGCAAGCCAGUCAUAUCAGACCGAAGGGCCAAUAUCAAGGUGAUCGACUAUGAUUGGGCUGGGAAUGCUGGGGAGGCACGUUAUCCUCCGUCACGCAAUGAGUAUAUCGCAGCUGACGAGGAAGCGGACGGUGAUGCAUCCUCACUACGUUCACCGCCUGCCAGUGCGACCGUGGCAGAUCACCUUGCGAUGGAGCAUCAGACACAACGGCACAUCAUAUUCAACACACAUGCAUGCCCGACCGACCUCGAACGUGAUGUGUGCCACAACAUUUUAGCAGGGAACGCAAAGUUACUCGAUCUCAUCAAGGACACCACCGUGGUGUACGAUGCCAGACAAUUAAUCGACAUCGAGCUCUAUGGCUGA